AUGGCUCACGUCUUAAACCUUGUAGUCGAUGGAGUAUUGAAAGAAAUUAAAGAAUUUUCAGCACUCACCGACCAGGUCAAAACCAUUGUGACGUUCUUUAAGCAGUCAGUCAACGCUAUGGACCAAUUACGAGCCGAACAAGAAUCAUCUGGUAAAAAAGAAGGGGAGGUGUUGACAUUGAUACAAGCUGUCAGCACUAGAUGGAACUCUUGCUUUGACAUGCUAGAGAGAUUCGUCAAACUGUCUGCACUAGUAGCUAAAAUUUUAGCCACAAAAAGCCAAACUAGCAAGAAUACACCAGAUAUGGUUCCAUCGUCGCAACUUAAUGUAAUACGGGAUUUUAUUGCUCUUCUUGGCCCUUUCAAAGAAGCUACUGAGGAAAUAAGUGGUGCGAAUUAUGUAACGUCCAGCUUAGCCAUUCCUCUUACAACUCUAGUUACCCAAGUAACAGAUCAAGCAACUCCAUCGACCUCUUUGGGGCUGAUUGUAAAAAAGGCUUUACUCAAAAAAGUUGAAGACAAACUGGCUCCUUUAGAACAAAAUCCUUUUCUUUCAGUAGCUACCAUUCUGGAUCCUCGGUUCAAGCGUAUCCACUUUACCUCGCCAGUUGUCGUGUCAAAUGCUAUAUCCAAAAUUAGUGCUGAGAUUCGUGCAGAAUAUCGCCGUAGAGGACAACGUUCUCCGGAUAAAAAUCCUGAUCAAGCAGCAUCAGAACAAGCUAGUGGGUCCUCUAUCUGGUUAAGACAUGAGAAAUUAUUAAAUCUGAACAUAGCUACGUCAGAGGUUCCAAGCAGUGGCUGUGUCCCCAAUGAACUGAAGCAGUAUUUGGACCAACCACUUUUAGAAAGAAAAUCUGAUCCAAUAAAGUUCUGGAUAAAUUGUCGUCAUUUCACGCCGGUUCUCUCGGAUAUCGCUCUAAAAUAUAUGAUUUGCCAAGCUUCUUCAGUGUCAUUUGAAAGGGUUGCUUCAGUGGUGAAUUUGGCUGUACCGAAUGAAAGGAGCAGAUUAACAGGGGAACACAUCAAACAAAGAGUGCUUCUGAUGUCAAUAUCAGACAAAUAUUGGUAUGAAUGA